UCCUUCAAUGCAAGAUUUGCGCGAAUGGUGCGUGGUCGUGUUGCUUGGCGCCGAGCAAACAAUGUAAUGUGCUUUUGUUUCAAAGAAAAUACUGGAUUCAUUUUUGUAAUUGUUUUUUGUAGUAUUUGAACUGCCAUUCAGUUAUGAACGUGGACAGGGAUACUGCUAGCUCACUUCGACAACAGUUUGAACUUAUACAGAAACAACACCAGAAAAAAUUAUUGCUUCGCAAACAGCAACAAAUUACACAAUCAAACAAGGAUGAAAAAGAGAGCAAUAGUUCAAACCCAGAACAAAAUGCUGGAGGGCAAAGUGAGGACAUUGAUAGUUAUAGUGCUUCGGAGAAAAAUGUGGAUAAUCUUGAACUCAAGUUGAAUGAUGAUUUGAGUGCACGUUCAUCCAUACAGAUGUUAGAAUAUGAUGAUAAAUUGAGGGAGUUAAAAGAUGAAAAUGGAAGACUGUACAAGCUGCUGGCAGAAAAAGAUGAGGAAAUGAAGAUACUAAAUAAACAAAUAACUCAAGAACGGCAAGCAAUUGCUGGCAUAGGACCUGCAUCUGAUACAGCUGCUAAUAAAAUAAUGGAGUUGUCAAAACGGAAUAGGGAAUUAGGAUGUGAAGUAGAAAAGGAAAAAAGACGAGCAAAACAAUUAUCCACAAGAUUAAAUGAAAUUGAAAGUCAACAUUCAAGUUUAACUGCACUGGAAUCGAAAAAAGACGACAGUGAUUCCAAAACGCAGGAAAAAAGCAACGCACAAGUACUAGAAGAAAAGUUGAAACAAGCGCUAUCGAAGAUGGCAGAAUAUCGUAAUCAAUGUGAGAUUCUAAAGAAAGAAGCAAAAGUUGCGCAUAAGGUUAUAACGAAGGAGUGCGGAGAAGGUGUUAACGUUGCAGGACUUUUAAACGAACCUAGUGGUUGGCGUGGAAGACAACAACAAAUAACCACAUUACAAAAUAAGGUAAAUGAACUGAAAGCGCAGUAUAAUGAAGUAACGCUGUCAAGUCAAACUCAUUUAGCAAAUAAAAAGCAGUUUACUCCACAAAGAACAACGACCCCAUCAUUUUAUGAUGAAAAACAUAAACAGAUGUUACGAAAGAUGGAACGGGACAAGAAAGAGGAACAUGAAAGAGUUAGCGGUGAGCUUCAACUUUUGAAUGAGCAGCAUUCUAAGCUUCAAACGAAAUUCGAUGCAUCCAAAACAAGGAACAAGAUACUGAGCAGUGAGCUUAAAGGAAUGAAAGAACAAAUGAAGAUGUUAGUAGAGAAAGGAAAUCGUGACGAUGAAUUGAUCUCGGCUUUGAUGAGAGAACAACAACGACUGAAGAAUAUGGUAGAAAAGAAGAAUUCUCAGAUCGCUGAACGAGAGAGUGCAUGUCGACAAGAAAAGGUUCAACAAGAUAACGAACUAGUCAAAACAUUGACUCAACUUUGUAAGGAACGCGAGGAAAAAGUUACUCAAUUAGAACGUCAACUAAAACGCACUGAAUUUGACCUCAGCGAAAAAACUACAAAACAUCGACCGGAAUCAUUAGAUAAAGCUACUUCAACAGAACUGGCGAGUGAUUUAAACUAUAGCCCAUUAUCGGAAGAAAGUUUGACUAAUGAAUUGAUUCAGCCUAAGAGUGAGAUCGAUAUUAAACAUGACGAAAAAACUACUGCUUCAUCACGUGAGAAGACUGAUUCCCCAUCUAUUCCAUCGAGAUCAGGCGCAUGGAAGAGAAAGACAAACAGGCAGACCAAUGGAGGUAGAAGUGACAGUCCGAAAACAACUGGCAAACAUAAACAGUUUGAUGAGUAUCAAACGCUUUAUGACGCUAUGAAAGUUGAACGCGAUAAGUUAGUUGAACUUGUUUCUGUUUUUCAACAAAGGGAAAGAGACGUCCAAGAGUCCAAUUCUAAAAUAUUGAGUGAAAUCAAGACUUUACAAAGACAAAACAUGGAGCUCGAAAAAAAAGUAACUAGAGCCCAAGGACAAGGAAAACAUAGCUAUAAAAAUCUGCAUCAGAAAACUAGGACAAAAGAUGAACAUAAUAAUGAACCAUUUUAUGUUGAAGAACUUGAAACACAACUUGCCAUUCAGAAAGACGAAAAUGAUGCUUUAAGAGAGGCGUUAGAGUCAACUUUAGUGGGGAAAAAGGACGAUUUUGAAUAUUAUCAAAGUAUUGUUGAACAAACUAAAAGAGUGUUCCUACAAGGUUUGAAUCAGUAUAGAAAUACAUCAUCUAUGAAGACAAAAUCAAAAACAUAAGUAAAAUGUUUUUGCUUUCAUCCUAGAAAGCUAAAUUUUUAAGGAGCUCCAGACGUGUUUAACUUUGCAGGACACUGAUUUUAUGUAUAUAAAUGAAAUGAUUUUGAUUAAAAAUAUAAAAUCAUA